CCCUAAAAGGAAGGCGCUCUAUGAAUCAGAGGACAAGGUUGGCGACCUGAAAGCUGAGAUUUCGCAAUAUACAUUCACUGCCGUUAGAUUUACGGUAUAUGGGUUCAAUUCUCAAACUUUCUGCUCAAUUUUCCAUUCUUUAGGGAUAUGAAUAAGUGAAAUUCCAGCCUUUUGUGUCUUCAAGAAGAGUUCAUUUAGCUCCUCUAUGUGCUUAAUAAAUCUGAGACCUUCAGGCCUCAGAAUAGCAAAGGUAGAAGAACGGAUGGCAAUGGCAUCAUCUGAAUCACCCAUAAAAAUCUUCAUAUUGGUGGAGUAUGAGAUUGAAGAGAUGGCCCAUUCCUUGUUUAUGAUUGACCUACCAACUGACCUGAUCCAACAGAAGGUCGACUUGGAGGAUGGGUUUGAGGAGAUUUCUCCGGUGUUGUCCUUCCCCGAGAACAAGUUCUUAGACAACACAGAAUUCGUCAAGCUUGGGUCAGAAAUAUACUUGUUUGGUGGUAGUAGUCUAGGAUUAGUUCCAAGCCUUGACCGUCACACGCACCUACAAACUACUGUCCAGGUCCUGGACACCAACAAUCCUGAGAAAGGGCUGCACCGUGUCGCCCCAAUGAAUGCCAUCAAGGAAAGAAACUGCGCCUUUGUGGCGGAUGGCAUGAUCUACACACUUGGGGCAGCUGUAGAGAGUUCAGAGUGUGGAAUGAGUGGCUGUUUUGAGCGUUAUUCACCGCAAUUGGACAAGUGGGAGGUCCUCCCCGACCCACCGCUCUCUUUAGAGCUGCUUUCUUGUGCAGACUGGACUAGUCAUGCCACUGUGGUGGGUAGGAAGGUCUUCAUUGGGAGUCAUUGGCAUGAUUUGUAUCUCAUCUUUAACUUGGAUACUCAGCGGUGGGAUAAGGUUCCUCCAACAUCUGUUGCCCAAUACUUCCCUUAUGGGGCUAUCUGUGUCGAAAACUCACUUUAUCAUAUGAGGGAAAAGGGGGCUGUGAGACAAUGUAUGGUUUUUGAUCGUGGUUGUGGUUACGAGCCUCUACACAUUGUCAAGAGAGGGCCCUUACCUAAGCCCAUCACAAGUAGCAGUAAGGGUAUUCUCAAUCUCAAGAAUGCUCUUUUAAACAGAGACAAAGUCCAAGUGCUGGCUACAUCAACAGAAUUGGAGGGCAAUGAUGAGACCUUUUUCACUCAUUCCAGUUUCAAUCCUUGGAGAGAACUUCUCCACUUGGGAGGUUCUUUCUUCUGUUAUGUCGUCGCUGCUGAAGUCAUGGACAAUGAGGAUGGUACUUCCCUUGAUCCGCAUACCCGUUUUUUUUGGAUUAAGGUCUUCAAGGAGGUUAAAGGGGAGAGUGGUGCUGCUGAAUUCCUACCUCUGGCCUCUUUCUUCUACAAGUUUCGCGCCCACUUCCCUACCUAUUCUGAGAUGAUCCGCUGCUGUGCUGUUGGCCAUGUCCCUGACUCUUGGAGUAAUUUGCUGCCGAAGAAACAACAAGAAAGCCGGAAGAGAACUGUAAAACGUACAGCCACUACUACUAGCCUGCAGGAAAAACAAGAGUCGAGUGGGUCAAAGGAUGUUCAAACAGGGGGCCAUGAUCAAGCUGCAGAUGCUGUGGCGGUUUGCAACCUUAAGAAGCUUUUGGCAGCCCAGGAAGGGGAAAUCAGAAGGCUCAAGGACGAGCUUGCGCGGUUGGCCAAGAACAAAAACAUGCUUAUGGUUUAAAAUGAAGGCUUAAUGGUUGGGACACUUGUUAUUUGUAGAGAAUAUUUAGUAGAUCCUAUGGUGGUUGGCUGUAGUCUACAAUAUUCUUUGCGAAUCUUAAGCGCGUCCACAGUUGGUCAUUUGGGUAUCCGGAACGCUCUAUUUAACGUACCUGGCAAGCGGGUCAUUUGGAUCUCCUUGUGGUUCCUAUUUGACACUUUUAUUUGGAUAUGUGCAAUUUGUAAUUUUCGCCCCCCCCCCUAUUCGGUACGGAGUAAUUUAUUUGUACGCCACUAGUCCUAAAUAAGUAAAUGUUGUGGACCUUCUAUGAUAUUUAUUCCUUUUUUCCUUCACCAAAUUUCUAAAAAUGUAUGCGGAUGCAAAUGCACUUUGAUACAAGUGUAUUAGUUAAAAUGUAUGCGGAUGUAAUUGUCAUUUUUC